AUGGCCUCUCCCGUAACAACCCCCGACGGCACCACCCCCGAUGCCGAGUACGACUCAGACACUGCCUUUGGAUCUCCCUCUCCAUCCUCUCCCGCCGCCUCCUCGAGCCCCCCGUCCGCCAAUGCCGCGCACGCAGCCCUCUCCGCCGACCGCCCCGUCCCCCGCACCGUCUCUACCUCUGGCGCCACGGCGAACAUGACCUACUCCUCCACACCUCUGGGCAACAUCAACGCAGCAAGAAACCCCCGUCCACCGAACGCCCCCACCAUCUCUAGUCGUGGCAGUGGCCUCAAUGUCUCACAAGACAUCUUGGACCAGGAUACAAGCAGUGCAUCUCGGGCCGUCAAGGCGCACCUCCCAAUGGCGCACCUGGAAGAGGGCCAUUGCCCCAGAGCCCUGGAUCAACGGGGCCCCAUGUCCCCUGGCGGCAGUCCCUGGGCGGCUGGUAUCCCUGGCGGCUUCCAGUCUGCGCCUGCUGUUCCUCGCGUGGGCGGCCCCCCGAAGCCCUCUCUGGCAGAAAAGCGUGGAGCACCGCGGCUCGGUGGUCUGCCAGGCGCCGCACCUGCCGCAACCCCCGCUCCUGCUGGCAAGAAGGGCAGGCCGAAGAUGACACUCUCUCAAAUGAACGGUGGCACCGCAGACGACGCACCAAAGAAGCCUGAGACUAUGAUGGACAAAUAUUCCGAGUACCUGGACACCAAGACUGGCAGUCUCACAUUUGCAGGCAAGGCCGUCCUGAACUCGGAAGGCGUGCAAUUCGCAAGUGGCACCUCAUUCAGCAUUUCGUUAGACGAAGUCGACACCCUUGACGAGCUUGGCAAGGGCAAUUACGGCACAGUCUACAAGGUCCGGCACAGCAGACCGCGGAUGCGAAAGCCAGGCCAGGGUUUGGCGGGCAACAAGGCUGCGCCAGGCUCGCCAUCACGGUCCGGUUUCGAUGAGGAGGCCAGCCCGACGACGGCAAAGCCGGCGGGCCCUGGAACGGGCAUCGUCAUGGCAAUGAAGGAAGUACGGCUCGAGCUGGACGACUCCAAAUUUGCUGCUAUCAUCAUGGAGUUGGACGUUCUCCACCGCUGUGUAUCACCUUACAUUGUCGACUUUUAUGGCGCCUUCUUCCAAGAAGGAGCAGUUUCAUGGACCGGAGGAUCAAUAGACAAACUUUAUGGCGAUGGUGUGCCCGAGGGUGUUCUACGCAAAAUUACUUUGGCAACAACCCAAGGUCUGAAAUCGCUAAAGGACGAGCACAACAUCAUCCAUCGAGACGUAAAGCCUACGAACAUCCUGAUGAACACCAAGGGCCAAAUCAAAAUUUGCGAUUUUGGUGUGAGUGGAAAUUUGGUGGCCAGUAUAGCCAAAACAAACAUCGGUUGUCAGAGUUACAUGGCACCCGAGCGAAUCUCGUCAGGUGGUAUCGCCCAAGCAGGCGCGAACCCUGGAGGUGGCACCUAUAGCGUACAGAGUGACAUCUGGAGUCUCGGCCUCACUAUCAUUGAGUGCGCACUCGGCUGCUAUCCGUACCCGCCAGAGACAUACAAUAACAUUUUCAGUCAACUGAGUGCGAUCGUCGACGGUGAGCCUCCGGAUCUACCUCCAGAGGGCUACUCUGACGCGGCACGAAACUUUGUGCGAGGCUGCUUGCACAAGAUCCCGAACCUUCGACCGACAUACGCCAUGUUGCUCCAACAUGCGUGGUUGGCACCGCUGGCUAAACCCGAAACAAUCACGGAGGAAGAUGAGGAUGAAGUGGUUGCGGCGACGGAGGCGGAUGCUGGUGAGGCUGCAGGUGACAAAGGACUGCCGGAGCCCAUCGAUGCGGUAUUCGACCAGGAGGUGGCCGAUUGGGUGAAGGGUGCGAUUGAGAAGCGAAGGAAUGGGACCAUGAAGCGCGCGGAGAAGCCAGCAUUACACGCUGCACCCCUGGAUGCGGUACAAAGUCCAUCUCAAAGCACGCCCGAGCCAACCGGCUAG